GAAAGUGUGUAUGUGUGUGUGUGAGAGAGAGAGAAAGAAGCUGAAGAAUUUCCAGCUGGAAGCAUUUGGACUGUGCUUACCCAGUGGAGUAUUUUAUAAAGACCUUAAAGAAAGAUGCUGCAGAGUGCAUGGAUAAGUCUGUUAGCUUUUGCAGAACUUGCUGUCAGUGGGAAAACAGAAAGCAACAGUUUUCGAGAGCAUAGGCGUGCUGCAAUUCAACCUGGACUUUGUCGCUAUGGAUCCCGGCUUGAAUGCUGCUAUGGAUGGAAAAGGAAUUACAAGGGGCAGUGCGAAGCUAUCUGUGAACAUGGAUGUAAACAUGGAGAGUGUAUUGGGGCAAAUAAAUGUAAAUGUUACCCAGGAUUCACUGGCAAAACAUGCAACCAAGAUUUUAACGAAUGUGGGCUGAAGCCAAGACCUUGUGAACACAGAUGUAUGAAUACACAUGGCAGCUACAAGUGUUACUGUCUGAAUGGUUACAUGCUGACUCCAGACGGCUCAUGUGCUAAUUCCAGGACAUGUGCAAUGGCAAACUGUCAAUACAGCUGUGAGGAUGUGAAAGGAGAGAUCCGCUGUUUCUGCCCAUCCUCUGGAUUACAACUGGGACCAGAUGGAAAAACCUGCAUAGAUAUUGAUGAAUGUGCAACUAGCAAACCUCAAUGCCCUCCUCUGCGGAGGUGUGUGAAUACAUUUGGAAGUUACUUCUGCAAAUGCCAGACUGGCUAUGAGCUCAAAUACAUCGACGGUAAAUACAGAUGUGUAGACAUUGACGAAUGUGCUACCAAUACACACUCAUGCAGCGACCAUGCAGAAUGCCGCAACAUUCAGGGAUCUUUUAAAUGUAAAUGUAAGCAGGGAUUCAGAGGCAGUGGUUUUCAAUGCUCUGUUAAACCUUUCCUCGAAGGAACCUUUGAGACAGAACAAGGCAGUGCCGAUGAUGAAAUCCUCAAUGUUGUACCUGAAAUCCCUUACGAAGAGGGGCCUGUGAUUUUGGGAGGAGGCAGAAAAGAGAUAAAGAAAAUCCUGGCAAACAGAAAUAAUGGGAGAAAGAGUGAAGUGAUAAAGAACAUUAUUCCUCAACCUGUAGCCACGCCCCAUCCCCAGGACCGUCUCCAGCCAUUUGACUAUGAGGAUAGUAUUUACUUUGGGAACCACGAUGAGAAAGAACUUGAUCUCGGUUAUGAGAGCACAGCAGAUGAGAUUGAGAACUACAUUGACUCUGAGGAGCUGAAUCCCAGGGGAGAUGUAUUUGUUCCCAGGCGGAAUGAAGCCGCAGUGUUUAGACCUCUUCUGGGCAAGGAAGAAAUCACUGUACAGGAACCACUUAUUGAUGACUUUUCUGUGGACUGCAGUUUUAAUCAAGGAGUUUGUGAGUGGGUGCAGGACACAGAGGAUAACUUUGACUGGGAAGUCGCUGAUCGGCCUAAUGGCAAUGGACACUAUAUGGCAGUCCCAGCCAUAGUCGGUCUUAAGAAUCAGGUUGGUCACUUGAAGCUACUCAUUAGUGAUUUGACUCCAAAAAAGGAUACCUGUUUGACAUUUAAGUAUCGGCUUGUCGGAGAAAGGGUCGGAAAACUGCGGAUAUUUUCGAGUAUCAAAGAUUCUGCAAUCUGGGAGAAGACUAGAGAUAAAGACGAAGGGUGGAAGGUUGGACACAUCACAGUAGCAGCUAAAAACAGUUCUGAAACCCAGAGAAAUAUCAUUUUUGAAGCAGAGCGAGGAAAAGGCAGAUUUGGAGAGAUUGGAUUGGACAAUGUUAUCCUGAACUCUGGACCCUGCCAAGGAGAGAUCUCAGAGAAUGGUAACUGAUAGAGAUAUAUGAAAUUUUGAACUCCUGAAUUCUUCAGUCUACAAACAUGUGUGAACACUAAAACUUACUUCAGACCAAAAUGCUCUCCAGCAUAAAAGUUGUGACAGAUUUCCCACGGCGAAGAAGUAAUUUUAUUCUGUUGCCUACAGAGUUUUUUCAUUGCAGGAUUUUUACACAUUUGGUUUUUAUAUUAACUGCUAUAAGUACCUUCUCUGUAUAAUUUUAACACUGUUGUAUCAGUUCAGCAAAAAUGCUGUGUACGUCAGUUAUACACUUUCCCAAUGAUCUCUAAAAGUAACUACUCAAUUUCCAGUUCUUUUACUUGACCUAUUGAAUAUCCAGUUCAUCAAAUGAAUUUUUACUGUCAGGGGUCAUUGACAACAGUAUUUUGUCCAAUCCCAUAUUAUAUGCUAACCAAGUAGGGUGAUUAAGCACAAGGUUUUUGUAAAUGUAAAUGUAUUAAUAAAGUACUCUAUGAUAUUUGGAAAAAAGAACAAUGUAAUUUGUAAACAUGGCACAGUCUUUACCUUUAGGAUUUGAAGCAAUUUCCUGUAGAUUUUAAGGAAUGAUAUUUCCUGGAUUCUUCCCUAUAAUGCCUGGGAAAAAUUACUUUAAUGGAUUCCACAGAGAGGAAAGCAGGGUAGAGUGUUCAGGUUAGGGUUUGACAAAGUUGUCAUUGUCCAGAUCUGCAGCCCCUCCUCGCUUUGAACAUCCCCCAGGAUUAGGACGUUCCACAAAUGGGAGGAGCUUGGUCAUUAUUGCAGUAGGUGCAGUUCAGUGUAUCUAUUUACUUUGGGAAAUCCAAGUCUUCUAGCCCCAAACCUCCUCCUGUCAUGACUAAAGGAUGCCCAUUUCUUGUAAUACCCCAAGAAGGUAGAGAUGCCCUUUGUGCAUGAGAACCCUCAGAUCAGAGAGUCUGAGAUCGUUUUGGCAGGAGGGUGAAAGUGGCCCGAAAAUUCUAAUUCAGCUUUUAUUUCAGGUACCCACAAACCUUUGGGACUCAUGGCUUUCCUCCUAAUGCUCUCCACUGUCAAGCAGUAGGGUCCUCAAGAUUGGUACAAGUGGGAACUGUUAGUUGGAAAAAAAAAUCUGGGCUAAUGUUUCGCAUGGUGGUAAAAUACAAGUUCUUUAACAAAAAAAGUGUGAAUCCACCACUUUAAAACGACUGCUAAAUAAUUAUCUGUGCCUUGAUCUAUAACUUCAGUGUUCUGUAC